AUGCAUCGUGAAAUUGUGAAAGACAUCAAGGAUGCACUGGAUGAAAAUAAUGUUUUGGUCAAGAGUUUUAGGAUGGCCAAAACAGGGAUGGAAAGUAAUCAUAGAGCUGAUAUUAAAAUCAAACUCAUUGGUAAAAGGAGCAAGGAUGCAAGGACAUAUAACUUGCCACAGGUUGGGGAGGUGGCGGCAUUGAUUGUUGGUGAUUUAGAUCCAAACAUGGGAGAAAGAGAUAUAUUGGUGGAGUCUAAAGCUGGUCAUUUUCAAAGAAUAACUGAAUUAAAUACAGCAUAUCUCCCACUGCAGUACCCACUACUAUUUCCUUAUGGUGAAGUCGGAUACAGAGACGAUAUACAGUUUAAUAAUGUUGAAGGCCGGAGUUCAAAUGCACGAAAAUCAGGACGCUUGGUUUAUAUUAGGUCUCAUCAAAAGUCACUUCAGUGUGAAUCAUACAAAUGUUUGACAGAUGCGUUAACACGUGGUGAGGUAGAUCCUACUUCCCAAGGAAAGCGCAUUAUUUUGCCAUUGAGUUUUACAGGAGGUGCAAGAUAUAUGGUGCAAAAUUACCAAGAUGCAAUGGCGAUUUGUAGAUGGAUCGGAAAAAGGGGAUUGCCACAUGCUCACAUUUUGAUCUUCUUGAGCAAGAGUAACUCUUACCCUAAUCCUAAAGAUAUUGACAUGAUCAUAUCUGCUGAGGUUCCAAGUCAAUUGUGCGACCCUGAGUAUUAUAAAGCUAUAGAAGAAUUUAUGAUUCACGGUCCAUGUGGUGCAGCGAGGAAGAACUCACCUUGCAUGAUAAAUGGUAUUUGCUCUAAAUUCUUCCCCAAAAAAUUUGUUGAAAACUCAACAGUGGAUUUUGAUGGAUAUCCAAUCUAUCGGCGUCGAGAUAAUGGUCGUACAAUACGGAAGAAUGGGAUUGACCUUGAUAGUAGAUAUGUUGUGCCACACAAUAGACAUUUGCUUAUGAAGUACAAGGCUCAUAUUAAUGUGGAGUGGUGCAACCAAUCUAGAUUAAUAAAGUACUUAUUCAAGUACGUCAACAAAGGGAAUGAUAGGGUCACAGCUGAAUUCUACAACAGUGGGGUGGAAGAAUCUACUGGGAAAAUUGUAGAUGAAAUCAAGAUGUACUAUGACUGUAGAUAUAUUUCACCCCCUGAGGCUGCGUGGAGGAUUUUUGGGUUUGACAUACAAUUUAGGAACCCAUCUGUUGAGCGAUUGAGUUUCCAUCUUCCCAAUGAGCAAUCAAUAAUAUUUCAUGACGACGAUUUGGUCGAUGAUGUGGUAAAUCGACCAACAGUAGCUCAAAGCAUGUUUACUGCCUGGUUUGAGGCUAAUAAAAAGUACGCAGCAGGGAGGCAGUUGACUUAUUCACAAAUGCCAACCAAAUUUGUUUGGAAGAAUGAUAAAAGAGAAUGGCAACCUAGGCAAAGAAAUUGGGCAAUUGGGCGAAUCUUUUAUGUGCCACCAAAUACUGGUGAGAUCUUUUAUCUUAGGUGUUUACUUAAUAUAGUUCGUGGACCGACUUCAUUUGAUGAGAUUAAAAAGGUCGAUGGUGUUCAAUACAAUUCAUUUAGAGAUGUGUGUUAUGCUCGCGGAUUAAUCGAAGAUGAUAAAGAGUAUAUUGAUGCAAUCACUGAGGCAGCAACUUGGUCGUUAGCAAGUUCACUACGAAAGUUGUUUGUUACCCUUUUAAUAUCCAGUUCGAUGUCCAAACCAGAAAAUGUUUGGGAGAUGGUUUGGCAAUACUUAUCAGAUGAUGCUGAAUAUAUUUAUAGAAGGAACUUCUCAGUCUCAGAUUUAAAUAUGAAUGAAUCUCAAAAAAAGAAUUUUGCGCUGCUUGAAAUGGAGAAAUUGUUGACUGCUUGGAACAAAUCUCUAUCAGAUUACCCACCUAUGCCAAUGCCAGAUGGAAACAAUUAUUGGUUUUGUGGUAACAGAUUGUUGUUAGAGGAAAUGUCAUAUGAUAGGGAAGCUCUAAUGCAUCAACAUAAUUCGUUGCAUCCGAAACUAACUGAUCAACAGCUACUCAUAUACAAUAAGGUGACGGGAGAUGUUGAAACUGAGAAAGGUGGAAUGUAUUUCGUAUAUGGUUACGGUGGAACAGGAAAAACAUUUUUGUGGAAGACAAUUUCAGCAGCUUUACGAUCCAAAGGCGAGGUCGUUUUAAACGUAGCAUCAAGCGGUAUAGCUUCGUUGCUGCUACCUGGAGGGGUAGGACUGCACUCUCCAAGUUUGCUAUACCGCUUGGUGUUAAUGAAGACUCCACUUGCAACAUCAAGCAAGGCAGUCCACUUGCUGAAUUGA